UUACACCAAAGCCUCCAGCCAAGGAAAAUACAAGGCCACAAGAACUCAAGCUUCACACUGGACAAAGAGCUGUUAAGCGUGCCAUGUUCAAUUAUUCCGUGGCCACCAAAUUCUAUCUAUCGAAGAUACAGAAGAGACAAGUAGUGAAACUGCAUAAGAUGAUUGAAGACGAAGAGAUCCGUUCGCUAAGGAAGGAGAUGGUUCCAAAAGCUCAGCUCAUGCCUUUUUUCGACAGGCCCUUCUUCCCUCAGAGAUCGAACCGGCCUUUAACGAUUCCGAGAGAGCCGAGUUUCCGGUCGGUGAGCUCGAAAUGCUGGAGCUGCAUCUCCGAGAAUGAGCUCUACUAUUUCCAGCAUGCUCACGCUUGGAACCCCAUCAAAUGAAUCACUGUUUGAACCUAAUUGACAGUGAACGCCAAUGGGAUUGAUGGACUACGUGCAUGCAUGCAUGAUCAAUGUACAAUAUCAACGUAGGAUGUUCCGUUUUAUGUCACAUUUGUCACUUCUCUUUUUGUCGUUGCCUGUGUUUUGUC